AUGAAAAAAAGCACAGCACAGCAAAUUAAUUUACAAUUUAUAACAUCAGGACUGAAAGCGAUAUAUUCACACGAUUCUGUUAUUGCUUUACAUUGUCUCUCGUGGCCGAUUCAAGAAUGGAUUGAACGCCAGCGUUCAAAUGACUGGCCAACUGCGGCUACUAUUCAAGAUAUCGUUAAACGUGGGUGUCAUGUAGUUCCAGUAGCUCAUGCGACUAGCCAUAACCCUAACAUUGAAUGGCGCUACUCCUUUUCAUUGGCUGAAUUAAUACUAGCAAACGAAAUACCGUACUACACCCGUAAAACCUACAUCAUGUUUAAGUUACUAUGUAAAAAACAUCUAGAUAAUGAUUUCCCGUUAAAAACCUACUACUUGAAAACUAUAUUGUUUUGGUGUUGUGAAGAAUAUUCAACGUUGUUUAUGGAUGAUAAAAAGACGCUUAUAGUUAAAGUGGGAAACAUCGCUGAAAAAUUAGACAGACUAAUUGAAAGAUUGUUGAAUUCAGUAUUAAAACAAGAAUUAUACAGUUACUUUAUUCGGACAAAUAACUUAUUUGACUCGAUUGAUUCCGAAUAUUUUUCAGCGUCGAAGAUAAAAACUAUCAUUAAAAAAAUCGAAUAUUUAAAACAAAAUCCAAUGCGGAUUUUAUUUAAAACUAUUUUAAAACAUAAUAAACUAGACUACUGCUUACCGUUCUAUUUUAAUAUACGACGGAUAUUCAAGCCGGUAUUGAAACACUUAUAUAACGACGCCAAUGAUACAACAUUGAAGCGUGAUUGUGAGUUGGUUAUUGAACAACUUUCUAUCAGCCUUUUUCUCGAAGCAAAGCCAUAUAUUGGAAGAAAACUUUUACAAACAAUAUGGUAUACGUUUCUCGAGCGUUUACCCAUAAAUGAUCUUGAAACAGGUAAUUUAAUAACAGAGCAUGAUUAUUGUUCGCUUGUUUAUAAUCAAUGUCAGAAAUCAUUAUUGGAUAAAAUGAUACAUGUACAAGAAGAAUUACUUGACUAUUUCACAUCCACCAAUGAUGACACAAAUUCAAGUCAAAAUAUCAUCUUAUUAAGAUCGUUAGGUUACCUGCAUUAUAUCAAAUCAUGUAGCAGUACUGAAGAAAAUCGAAAUAUUGAGUUAAACUAUUUUCGCAAAGCAUUUCAAGGUGCACUUGAAACAAGAAUUAAUUCAGAAGCACAACAAAUACGAUGUUACUUAGCUUAUGCACUCUAUUUAUGCCAGUUAGAACGUUAUGAAGAAGCACUUGUCCUUCUUAAAACUGUUGUUAAAUUCGAAUAUCAUCUAUUCAAUAAAGAUUUUAUUACAAUUUAUUCUAUCCACAAACCAAUACAUUCAAAAGAUAUUCAGCAUUUGUUGCAUAUUUAUAAUGCUAUCAAUAUAUCAACGAAAACAUACAUACUCUAUCUGUUAUGUCGAGCUUAUAAGUAUACGAAUCGAUAUAUCGAAGGAUGUCAAGGACUAAUAAAUCUAAUUCAACACAUUGAUGAAAUCAAAGAUUUUCAUAUUGGUCAAUAUCUUCUCGGACAGUUAUGUUUUCUGUAUGGCGAAAUAGAACGUGCAUAUCGAAUUUUUAUUGUUAAUCUACGCAAUGAAUACGAUCUAAGUUCAAUAUUUGACCCGAGUAAAACAAUGGUUAUUUUCAAAGCUAGCCUUGCUAUAACAACUUUUCUUUAA